CAUCUCGUGCUGGUGGCCAACACCGUGCGACGUCUUCAGGAUAAUAUGCAAACUGAAUCAAGUGCCACAGGAGUGUGGAAAUCCGCGGAGGACAACUCCAGAAAAGACUACUCCCAAACAUUUAUUAAUGAGAGCAAGAAACCAGCUCUAGAGAUCCCAGGAGAAGAUGCCCUGUUCUCCACUAUGGAUGCAUCUUUAUACUCCUCCAUUUCCACCAUUCUUGAAGAUUUAAACAAUUUUGAGGGAUUGAGCUGCUCUCCACUUCCCCAGACAGAUGAUGAUCAGUUCUGCUCCCCAAAAGACUUCAGCCGAGAUGGAAGCCGAGAAGAAUCUGGUAAGCUUACGCCCACAUCCAACUUCCUAAGUUCUUCAACCUAUCUCCUUGGUGACAACCUGGAGGACAUAUUUGAAGACAUUGACACUUCCAUGUAUGACAGUGACCCUUGGGCGAGCAGUAACCUUUUAAACUUCAAGUCUUUUUCUAGUGUGAGCGAGACAGAAGAGAAGACAUUGUCUGACGGACAGGACUCUAUGCUGGAACUUAGCGACUUGGACUAUCUGAUGGAUGUUCUAGUGGGAACCCAAAAUUGCUGAUAAUCCCAGUAGGACUUUAAUGGACAUAAUGAUGUAUCUUGUAACAAGACACUAUUGUAAAUAACAAGAGGACUUAAUUUUAAUUUAUUUUGAGCAGAUGAACUUAAAUGGGUUUUUCAGGAGUACAAUACUGAUGACCCAUCCUCAGAGUAGGUCUUCAAUAUCUGAUUAGUGGAGGGAUGCCUCCCAGAACCCCUGACGAUCAGCCUAAGUCACUAGGCCUAUGUUCAGCACGGCCACUAUACAGUGAGGAGGCUGCAGCACCCGCCAGGGCACCAUAGCCUUUUCAGAUGGCUAAUCACGAGGGUGCCAGGAGAUGGACACCUCAUGAUCAGAUGUUGAUGUCCUACCCCAUGCAUAGAUCAUCAGUAUUGUAUUCCUGGAGAACCCCGUUAAAUGGUUUUCCUUGAGGGCGAGGAGAGGGCAUUAUUCAAUAUUUCGACAAUCUCAAAGUAAGUGUUAAACCGCAGGAGGCAAAUGUCGAAUUUAGCAUAAAGACAAAUCUAAAGAACAACCAAGAGCUACUAUUGAAUGCACAUAUCUGCCUACCUAUGCCAUAAGAAACCCUCAAAACUCUUCAGAAAUGUUAACUGCACCAAUUGCUAAAUCAUUUUGUGAAUCUUCCUUCACGGGAGUGUUUUUUUUAAAUGAAGAGAUGAAGCCAUUGGGGCAGUUUUCCCCAACACAUAUGAAAUGUAUAUAAGACAUAUAUAUAUAUAGACAUAUAUAAAUCUAUAUUUUUAAGAAAACAACUAAUUUAAGCUUAAUCGUUUCAGAUUGCCUUAAUCAUGCUACAUUUCUAUAUUACCCGGUUAAUCUCACAGAUUGGCAUUUUUUUAAUCUGUUAUUUCCAAUGAAAGAAAUUAUUUAUUGCUAUUUCGUUAUCAACGUAACGGUGGCUGGUAGAAAUCAAUUCACCGAUUUUUUUCUUUUUUUUUCUUAAUGAUUGUAGCUUUUCUCUACAAAAGCCGAUUUUAAAAUCUUUUGAAAUUAAGCAAUAUCCUUUGUAUGUUUCAUAUGAUUUUGAUGAAACAUGUUUUAACCCAUAGCGGUUCAGAAGCCAUAGCCACUCGCCGUCACCUUGUAUUCAUGGCAAACCCUUUCCAAAUUCAAUGCUUGGGGUUGCUGUCACCUUCCUGAACAUAGACCAGCAACUAGUCCAGAGGCCAGUGCUGUUACCUCGACUAAGUCAUUGGUUUUUUUCCAUAUUUAUUUUAUUGUGAUCUUCCAGUGUUUUUUUUUUUUUUAAUACUUUGGUUUUCACUCAAAUUCAGCGGGGCCUUCAUCUGUCCACGGUUUAAGAAAGGUGUACUUUUUUUGUCAGCCUUUUUCGCCAUAAAGAUGUCUGGUGAUGGUAUUUAUUGACAUUAUGUGAUUUUAUUCAGAAGUGAUUUUCUUAAUUUAACGCUUGAAUAUCUUUAUUAUUUAUCCUUUGUGAAUAUUUAUGAUUGAAAUAAAAUGGAUUUUUUGUAA